GGAGAGAAGCGUGCUUUGCUCACUGUCACGCCAGUCUCUCUUCUUCUUCUUCUUCUUCUUCUUCUUCCCCCCCUCAAUCAUCCCCAAUUUACACUUCAACUUCAACUUCACUCCGCACGGAAAAGCCCUCGAGCUUCCCGAUCCAGGAAACCCUAGGAAGUUCUCACGCCCCGUCCAUGCGGAAUCGGUUCGCGCUCCAAUCCUGAAGCUUUUUCCUCUCCCCCCCCCUGUGAUCUCUUCUUCUCCGGACUCCAUCGAUUCUGCAUUCUCGAAUUCUUCGCCGCCGCCGCUGGCGGUGUUUCCUGCUCCGUGGUUGGCGAGAUUUGUCGAUCCCUUGAAAUCCGCGAGCGCACGUUUGGCGUGGAUUUCCAUGGGGGGAAUCGGCCGUCAUCGAGGCGCCCGAACGCUUUGAUUCGUCUCGAAGAUAAGGCGCAUUGCGUACUCUUCUCGCCUCCGCCUCCGCCUCCGCCAUGGAUAAUCGUGGCGACGCAGACGCAACUCCAUUCUUAAGUCUCUUUGCUGCAUUCUCUUAUGGGAUUGCUUCGAUGGCCAUGGUCUUCAUUAACAAGGCAGUUAUUAUGCAGUACGUGCACUCGAUGACCCUUCUUACUUUACAGCAAUUGGCUACAACAUUGCUUAUUCACUUAGGGAGAGUCACGGGAUACACAAAAGCACGACCAGUGAACUUGGAAACUGCCAAAAAGCUCCUCCUGGUGUCACUGUUUUACAAUGCAAAUGUUGCAUUUGCUCUAGCAAGUUUGAAAGGAGUUAAUAUCCCUAUGUAUAUUGCAAUAAAGAGGCUCACACCACUCGCUGUACUGUUAGCUGGAUUUUUUCGGGGAAAGGGAACACCAACUACACAGGUUACUCUCUCUGUUCUUUUGAUUGCUGCUGGAUGUCUCAUUGCAGCCAUCGGAGACUUUUCUUUUGAUCUUUAUGGAUAUAGCAUGGCUUUUACUUCUGUGUUUUUUCAGACUAUGUACCUUGUGUUAGUGGAGAGGUCUGGUGCAGAAGAUGGACUUUCAUCUGUCGAGAUAAUGUUUUACAACAGUUUUCUCUCUCUUCCAGUCCUGCUUUUUCUUAUCAUUGCCACUGGGGAGUUUCCAAAUUCUCUAUCAUUGUUGAUUGCAAAGAGCAAUUCGCUAUCCUUUUUGAUGCUGCUCGUUCUUUCACUUAUCAUGGGGAUUGUUCUCAACUUCACUAUGUUCUUGUGUACCAUUGUCAACUCUGCCCUCACAACAACAAUAGUUGGGGUCCUCAAAGGGGUUGGUUCCACGACUCUUGGUUUUUUCUUGCUGGGUGGUGUGCAAGUACAUGCCCUAAAUGUGACUGGCUUGAUGAUUAACACUGCUGGGGGUGUGUGGUACUCCUACGCAAAAUAUCAGCAAAAGAAGAGCAAGCAACUGAAGAUGAUGACAGAUCUUGAGGCCCACAAAAAGUAAAAAUGAAGGAAAAAGAGAUGUCACGUCUGGAAGUCUGCAGCCAGACAUCAACUUCUGCGUCCAGUGUCAACCUAUGGAUCCUUUUUCAUGGUGUGCUUUUAGCAUAAGAAGUCCAACUAGCAACUGAAUGUAUUUGUCACCGUGCUGUUCCUUUGCAGAAUCGACCUGGGAGCUUGCACACACAACGCGGUUAGUGGCAUCUAUUACGCCCUGUCAUUCUGCUUAGGUUCAAUUCCAGAGCACCCAUGUGAGUCAGUCUAGGCUGCUGAUUAUUAUUUUUUCUUUUGAAUUUUCUUGAUAUGCAGAGGUCUUGCUUUUGUUGUUCAAUAUUGUUAAGUCUUGAAGCAUCCAUUUUAUAGGAAAUGGGUUAGGGUACCCUAAGUUUUUUUUUUUUUUUUGGUCAGAAGGGUACCCUAAGUUGAAUGAACGCUUUAUAUAUAGAUAAUCAGUUGGCUAGUGUAACUGGGUGUGAAAGCUCUCCUGGAGAAGGCAUCUACACGAGGCAUGUCAUGUAGCCUGUUUGUGCUUAUUGCGAUCGAUCAAAGCUUAAUCUGAAUGUAAGAUCAAGGAUUCUGGUCUGCUUCAAAUGUUGAAGCUCAGUUCAUGCGCAGCUCGACAGUCAUAAAUUUUCCUUGAGGCAGAUGAUGAGCUCGACAUUAGCUUGAUGCUUAGCCGUAAGUAGGUAAAUGCAAUGCUUAACUAGACUCUGUUUUAUUACUGCAUAUUCGGAAGGGGUGAAGUUAGUGAUG